AUGCAUCAGCGGCUCCGUCUACGCGGUGUGGUACCUCCGCGCUCUGGGCGCGAAGGUCGGCCGCGACUGCGCCAUCUUCGCCGGCGGCUGGGUCGGACUCAUGACGGAGCCCGACUCGUCGAACUCGGGGACCGCGUCGCGCUCGACAACUGCUCCGUCGUCGCGCACAUCAACUCCCGCGGGAAGUUCUCCCUGAACAGGCUCACCAUCGGAUCAUCCGCCGCGCUGCGGUCCGGCUCGCGCCUCCUCUCCGGCGCGAACAUGGAGGAAGGGUCGAUGCUUCUCGAGCACACCCUUCUCACGUCGGGCGAGAUCGCGGAGUCCGGCGGCGUUUACGCAGGCUGGCCCGCGCGGCUUCUCGAAGGAGAGAAGGGCUCCCACCGGCAGUCGUCGUACCAGCUCAUGUCGGCCCUGCACCUCAGCUCGCGCUACCGCAAGCUCCAGCGCGCGACCCGCGACAUGCGGGACGAGAAGCGGAGGCUGGACGAGAAGCUCGAGCUCGGCCAGCGCCAGCUGCGCGAGGCCAGGCGGCAGCUCGAGGGCAUGCUCCCGGUCAGGUCGCACAGUUCUUCGGAGGCCUCAGAGGCCUGA